CGCCCUCCCCCUCCCCCGCUCGCGAGAGAGACGCCGGCCGUCGCUCCGCCCUUCCCGCGCCAGCUGCGCGCGCACACUCAGUGCUCCGCUCCUCCAGUCGCCGCCCGCCAGGGAGCUAUAUACAGUCCUGACACUGCGUAUGAAGGAAGUUUGAUGCCGCUGGGAUGGGCACUGGGGAAAUAAGUUAAGCUGACUGAAAGAACUCCCUGUUUGGAUGAAUGGUGGUACGGAUGUCCCAGAAAACAUCACAGCAGUGUCCAUCUCUGGAGUAGCCAGGAGAAUGGGGGGAAGACCCAAGCCACAGAUUUUGUCCUGCUAAUGUGGGCACUCGAGCAUGGCUGUCUGUGGCAAUGGUGAGAGGGAGGCACCCUGCAGUGAAUCUUCCCACAGACUCUGGCAGGGCAGUGGCACAUGGCGCUUUCCUCCCCAACAGUGGCUGAGGCCUGCAUGUCCCCAUGGAGAUGAGCAGGGCCUUCCUGCUGGGCGAAGGAGUUAGUGUUGCCUUUGGACUAUGACCUCGUAUCGACCUGUUCGUGAGAGCGGAGACCUGGGGGGACCGGGCUUGAAAGGGGGUGAUUAUUAUUCUCUGGGAUUCUGGGCUCAGAAUGGCUGCACAAGACCCCUCGAUAGCUCUGCUGCUUCACGGCCAGCCACCACAACCCCAGUCAUGCCCAAAAUGGGCGUCCGGGCCAGAAUUGCCGACUGGCCUCCCAAGAGAGAAGGGCUGAAGGAUCCCACCAUACCCACCCUGUCACAGGACCUGGAGACCCCAGCCUAUGUGCCUCAGGGCUUCCAGAAUGGCCAGCUUCCAAGCAAAGCCGUCGCCUCAGGGUUCAGAGGUUUCCAGCGGCUGUCCCGGAGGAGGUCCAAAGAUGCCGAGUUCCAGGACAGCUGGCCGCGGUCCCCAGGUAGGGGAUUCCUGCCACUGCGGAAGAAGAGCAGCAGCGAAAUUACUCUCAGCGAGUGUGACCUAGAGGAAGCCUUUGAGCACCGGGGGGCCAGGCUACCUCGUGGCCUGCCCUUCCUCCGCGAGUAUGGCAGCACCUCCUCCAUUGACAUGCAGGGCAUCUCGGAGCAGAGCUUAUAUGACAUGCUGAAGGAGUUCCGCAACGGACACCCACUCUCCCCACCCCUGGAGUCUUGCCGAGCUCCCCAGAGCAGCAAAGCCGGAACCAGAAACACUCAAGGGCUGCCCCUGCUGGCGGAUGAUGGCUCCCUGCAGCACAAGGAGAAGCCCCACAGGAGGGGUCCCAAGGCAGAGGCCGGUAGUGGGGACACCAUCUUCAGGAAGCUGCGAGGUGGGUGGAGUGAGCAGGAGGCAGGCAAGGUCCUCUCUGACCCCGAGGAGGGCAAGGGCCAGCAAGGGGGCCGAGCCUGGCUGUGUCAGAAGAGUUUUGCUCACUAUGAUGCCCAGAGCAUGCUCUUCGACCUCAACGAAGUGGUGGCCAGGCGGGCCUACGUGGCACAGAGGAGGAACACUGCCACAGGGGCUUCUGCAGCAUCUGCUGUCUCUGCUGGUGUCUCCCGGUCCUGCGGCCUGGGUGGUCUACAGCUCACCCCAACCUCCUUCCUCAGCGCCGAGGAACUGAGCUACAAGGAGAACCCGGAGCCUGACCUCGGGGAUGACAGCAGCAACAGCCUUCUGCUCAGUUGCCCUCAUUUCCGCAACGAGAUUGGCGGUGAGCAAGAGCACAACGUCAGCUUCUCUCGGGCCUCCGGCAGCUCCCUGGGAGGCAGGGAAGAUGGCCCCGCGGAGGCUUGUCCUGCUGCCUCCUGCACCAACGCCAGCAUCUCCGUGCUGGAAUUCCCCAAGGAGCAGCAGCAAAAUGUCGGGAGGCUGAAACAGUACAGCAUUGAGCAUGUGGACUUGGGUGCCCGCUACUACCAGGAUUAUUUCUGGGGCAAAGAGCAUUCCAACUACUUUGGGGUGGAUGAGAAGCUGGGGCCUGUGGCCGUCAGCAUCAGGCGCGAGAAGCUGCAGGACCAGGAGCAUGGGCCUCAGUACCAAUACAGGAUCAUUUUCCGCACCAGCGAGUUGACAACUCUCCGAGGGUCCAUUCUGGAGGAUGCCACGCCCACCACCACCAAGCAUGGCACCGUGCGUGGGCUGCCUCUCAAGGAUGUGCUGGAGUACGUGGUGCCUGAGCUGAACAUCCACUGCUUGCGGCUGGCCUUGAACGUGCCCAAAGUUACAGAGCAGCUGCGGAAGCUGGAUGAGCAGGGGCUGUGCCAAAAGCACAAGGUGGGCAUCUUGUACUGCAAAGCCAACCAGAGCUCAGAAGAGGAAAUGUACAACAACGAGGGAGCCGGGCCAGCCUUGGAGGAGUUCCUGGACCUGCUCGGGGAGAAAGUGUGCCUGCGGGGCUUCAGCAAGUAUGCUGCCCAGCUGGACACCAAAACUGACUCAACGGGCACCCACUCCCUCUACACCACCUACCACGGCUACGAAAUCAUGUUCCACGUCUCGACGAUGCUUCCUUACACCCCGAACAACAGGCAACAGUUGCUUAGGAAGAGGCACAUUGGGAAUGACAUCGUCACCAUCAUCUUCCAGGAGCCGGGGGCGCAGCCCUUCACUCCCCAGAACAUCCGCUCCCAUUUCCAGCAUGUUUUUGUCAUUGUCUGCGCCCAGAGUCCCUGCACAGAGAACGUUUGCUACAGUGUGGCUGUGACCCGCUCCAAAGAUGUCCCGCCCUUUGGACCAGCCAUCCCAAGCAGAGCCACAUUCCGCAAAUCAACUGUCUUCCGAGACUUCCUGCUGGCCAAGGUGAUCAACGCCGAGAAUGCUGCCCACAAGUCAGACAAGUUCCACACAAUGGCCACUCGGACACGCCAAGAAUACUUGAAAGAUCUAGCAGAGAACUGCGUCACCAGCACCCCCAUCGACUCCACGGGGAAGUUCAACCUGAUGUCGCUGGCUUCUAAGAAGAAGGAAAAGACUAAAGCCCGGGAGGGGGCAGAGCAAUACAGCACCGGGGCUAUUGCUUGGAGAGUCUGGGCCCAGGAUUAUGCCCAGGGGGUGGAGAUGGAGUCCAUCCUGGGCAUCUCCAACGAAUUCGUUGCUCUCUUGGACUCGGCUGCCAAAGAAGUGGUGUUCAAUUGCUUUUGUGCAGAUGUGAUCGGUUGGACACCGGAUUCUUUUGCCCUCAAGAUCUUCUAUGGCCGUGGGGACCACAUCUUUGUCCGGGUCCUGGAGAGCAAUCCUGGUGACGUCAAGGAGAUUGUGCAGAGGCUGAAGGUGAUGACCUCUGGCUGCGAGACAGUGGAGAUGACGCUGCGGAGGAACGGGCUGGGCCAGCUGGGGUUCCACGUGAAGUUCGAUGGGACGGUGGCAGAGGUGGAGGAGUACGGCUUUGCCUGGCAAGCUGGGCUGCGGCAGGGCAGCCGGCUGGUGGAGAUCUGCAAGGUGGCCGUGGUCACGCUCAGCCACGAUCAGAUGAUCGACUGGCUGCGCACUUCGGUGACGGUGAAAGUGGUCAUCAUCCCUCCUCAUGAGGAUGGUACUCCUCGCAGGGGCUGGGCCGAGUCCUUCAAAGUGAGCACCGUGGAGUCCAACCUGGAGCCAGAGAGCCUGCCAGUGGGUUACCGGCCCCCGAACCGCAGUAGCUCUGCUUGGCAGUGGAGUGGGUCUGGCACACACGGUUCCUCUUUGGCCUCGAAGUGGGGAGAGCAGCCAGCCUCUGGCCAUGGCCACUCCCAGUCUCUCACAAGGACCCCAAAACAGAAUGCAGCGGCUCCAUACCGAGAGCCACAGCCCCUGCAUGGCAAGAGGCCGGUGAGCUUCCCAGAGACCCCCCAUGUGGCAUCGUCCUCAGCAGCCGGAGCAGAGAGGACACAAGCUCACCGGCAGCCCUCUGGCAGCUUUUCCAUGCCAGCAUCUUCUGGAACAGCCUAUGCCCAGUACAAGCAUUCCCCAGACAGAUAUGCAGCCUCCUGCCCGCGGCCUCUGGUGUCCUUUGACCCGCUGUACAGCCACGAGGUGACCUCUAACGGAGAUGCUCCCUCAGGAGGGCCGGCCAGUCAGGAGAACACCAUGGAGAGGCCCGAGCCACUUUGGCACAUCCCGGUCCAAUCGCGACUCUCUGCAGCUUCCGGGAGCAGCACCAGCAAACGGCCGAGCAGGCAGGAGCCAGCAGGCAAAGAGUCUCCCAACCGACACUUCAGAGGUGAGGGGCCGUAUUCCAGCAGCCAUUCCAGCAGCAACACCCUGUCCAGCAACGCCUCCAGCAGCCACAGUGAUGAGCGGUGGUUUGACACCCCUGAACCCGCCGAGGCUGAGCUGGAUCCCCUGGCCAAGGGGGGCUCCAGCGAUAGCGGCAUCGAGGCCACCAGUGCCAAGUCUGGACGCCGAGACAAGCUACUAGUGGUCUCGCCCCUGUAUGGUGCCCCCCUACAUGAGGGCAGCGAUCAGAAGAGGGAACUGUCGCCUGGACUCAGCUACCGCCCCAAGGCCCUUGGAGUGGGCGCCUGUGUGGCUGGCCGGGGAAGCACCACCACCACCAGCAGCAACCACCACCUCAGACAGCCCAGCCAUAACAGCUCCCGGGCAACUUACCCUGCCCAGGUAUACAAGCUGCCUGCAGUGGACGGCCCCCGGGCCCACCCCCACCCGCCUCAGCCCAGCCCCUCCCAGCUCUCAGCUUCUGUGCCUAAGUCCUUCUUCUCCAAGCAGAAUGGCAGGAGCAGGCGGGGCGAGGAGCCCCCCCCCAGGCCUGCUCCCUCCACAGACCCAAAGAGGCAAGUCGACUUGGGCACCAAGAACGUCUUUGGCCAGCCACGGCUGCGGGCAUCUCUUCGCGACCUUCGUUCUCCACGCAGAUCCUACAAGUCUACCAUUGAGGACGACCUGAAGAAGCUGAUCAUUAUGGACAACAGCCUGGUGGAGCAGGAGCCGUCCCCCCAGAAAACUCUGCAGCGGACCCUGUCGGACGAGAGCCUGUGCAGCGGCCGACGGGAAGCCAGUGCCUACUGCUUUGAGCAGCCCCUGACGAGUGACGUCCUCUUCACCAGCACCCUGCCUGUGCGGAAGCAGCCCCCCGCCCAGGGCAGCUUCUCGGAGAAGAAGAAUCCCGUCUCUGCCUCUGAGCUCUCAUUGAGUGAGCCGCGUGACAAGCCACUGCGACGCAUCGAUCCAGGCCUGAUGCCACUGCCUGACACAGCUGCUGGCCUGGAGUGGUCCAGCUUGGUCAAUGCCGCCAAGGCCUACGAAGUGCAGAGAGCCGUCUCCCUCUUCUCCCUCAACGAGUCCGAGUCCGAGGUGAACCCAGAGGGGUCGAGCCGGGGGCACCUGAGCCUGGAGAGGCAGCCGAUGCCCCAUUCCACAUCUACCAUGAGUGAGGAGCCCCCAGCAGAUCUGACUGGCAAAGUCUACCAGCUGGAGGCCCUGCUGAAGCAGCUGCAUAGUGACCUCCAGAAGGAGAAGCAAGACAAGGCAGUGCUGCAGGCGGAAGUGGCCAGCCUCCGGCAGAACAACCAGCAGCUGCAAGAGGAAUCGCACUCGGCCAAUGAACGGCUGCGCAAGUUUGCUGAAAUCUUCUCCAGUGCAGUAGAGAAGAAGGAGCUGUGAGCAAACGCCUGGUGGGGUGGGGCCUGGGGGUCCUUUCUUGCUGGUGCUUGAAGUUCGGACGGGUGGGCGCAGUGGGCUGGGCUGGGCUCAGGCCCUUUCUAGGUACUAAAGGGCUCGCCUGUUUCUCCACGGGGCAUGGUUUUGUUUUCAGCCCCCUCGCCCAGCCUGACUUCUAGUUUCUCCUUCGCAAAUCACGGCCCACGGCCCCCUCAGCCGCCUCUCAGUCCACCUGCGGCCUUUGGAGUCAAAAGUCUCCUGCGGCCCAAACAGCGCUGAGACCAGCAUGGUACGAGCAGGCACUUUGCGUAAGAGCCGCCCAGGGUCAGAUGUGACUGAGAGCAUCCAGGAACUUCAGAAGAGCACUUUCUCACAGCUAAAUUAUUUUCUAGAGAAUGACAGGUUGGGAGUGGCUCAGGAAGUUAAAGAAAAAAAGUUUAAAUGUAAAUGUUCUUUAUAAAACACUAUAUUUGUAGAAAUGGGACUGUUUGUAAUAUUUUCUACGCGAUGUCUGUGCAUGAGUUGGAGUCUAGAUUGUUUCCGGCCACAGCAGAGCAGUGACCCGCUUUUGGAGUGGGGUGGGGCAAAGGGGGAGACAGACCUGCCGCCUCCCUGAUUUUGCCAAGUGGCACAUGGCACCCUUCUGGCGAAGGAGCCACAGCCUCCUGCGUGGCCUGGUGCCUCUCUGCUGACUGCCCCUCCCCUCCCUUGGCUCAAACCCACCAGAUUCAUUGGGGGGGGGGGCUGUAGCUCCCUCCCGCCUUCCAUGUAUCUUGGCAGUGGCAGGGUGGCAGCAGUAUUGAGUUUGCAUGAGCUCUCCAGAUGGCUCACAAUUUUGCUUCAAGCAGUCUUUGACAUCUCUGCUGGUCAGGGAAAAGAGGCCAUCGUGGGUAUGUCAGUCUACAGCUACUCUGGCCUCAUGGCAGCUGGCGAGCGGCAGACCUUGGCUGCCUUUUUUGUACCUGCAGACCAGUCCUUGGGAGGACGUUGGUGCGGAGUCCCUCAAGGCCCACAGGGGGAGCUGAGGAACAUCACUCAGGUUAGCUGCCCAGGAAGGCCUGUUCUUCCAGCCACGUCCCCUGUCUGCCCAGGGGUUGGGUGGGGGCUUGCUUAUUCAGGCUGCAGGGGCCUGAGCAAUUCCCAGCCCCAAACACCCUUGCCUUCGUGUUGAAAACUAGCAUCUGACCUAUGCAAACAGACACUUCCAGACAUGGGCUUGCGUCCCCCCCACCCCCGGACAAAGAAGGCACCUUGGGGCCGCUGCACUGCAGCCGUCUUCCUGGGCCUGCACUCUGUCCGGGCUUUGGGGGGGGUGCCCAAUGGAAAGUGGAUAUUGUUGCCUCCCCCUCCCCCCAAUGGAAGAUCAGUUGGCUGUCAAGCCUGGCGAGAUCAAAUGCCCCCCCCCCCCCCCCCCCGCCAGGCACUGAAAAGCUCCCCCUUGUCCUAAAGCCUGCUUCUUAAUGAUUUUGUAUCAGGAUCUCACUAAGAUUUGUACGGAUGAACUCGGGUUUGUUUUGUGACAUAGAGUCUACACCCCCCUCGGUGCCACACCCUGCCAAGGGGUGUGUGUGACUCUUUGUUGGUUGUGUGGUGUGUAACAUUAUCUGUUUUAAUUUUAUAAGAAUCUUUACAGAUCAAAUCUGUCUUAUUUAAUUGUUUUCUGGUCCUAAAAUUGCUGAUAGGAGAAAGGAGCUGCUUUUGUAAAAUACGUUCUCCCUGGCUGUUCUCUUAAUCCUCAGAAAUAAUUUUUGGCUCUCUUGGGAGGGGGGAAAUGCAAUAAAUGUUUCCUAGAACAA